GUGACGUUUUAAUUGCCCAUGCGCCGUAUUCAUUCGCAGUCGCCAUUGAUUGUAAAAUGGUCGCGUUUUUUGUAUUAUCCUCUGUUUUGCUGUUACAAGUAAAUUCAGGUUUUGCUCUAAACGAGCCAAUAAAGAUCAUAUCAAAGUCGGGUAAAGACGUGGUCCUCCCUUGCAAGAAGUCGCACGACGAUGAUAUUUACUUAGUGCAGUGGCAUAGAAAGGGGAACUUCACGCCAAUUUAUGUGUGGUUUGAGCAAUGGGCUCCUUAUGUUGAUAAAAAAUACGAGGGAAGAGUCGAGCUUAGCGGAGAAGCUUCCUUGAGCCUUAAGAAAGUUAAUAAAGAGGAUGAAGGCAUUUUCGAAUGCCACGUCUUGUCACUGGAUAACGGAGAAACCCAAGUAAACACUACGAAAGUAAUAUUAAAAGUAAAAGAUUUGAUGCCAAUGACAACGAUUAUAACCAAAUCUGUGCCAAAAAAAGGUAAAUUUCACUACAAGAAAGAAAUUGUUCAACCUUAGCGCUUGACAUUCAAUUCAAAGGCAUUUAAUUAUUUCGAUAUAUCAUACCAUUUAUAAAAUUAUGUAUAAUAUAUAAACUAUUAUAUAACAAUUAUAUUCAUCACAAAAUAAAUGUUAUUACCUAAGAUAACACCAGUCGUGAGGGUUCCGGAUUCGAAUCCCAUAUAGAACUGCACAAUUUGUUACGGAUAAUGCGGUUCGAACCAUUGUUUUCCCGUGUUGGUAAAAUCCAUUACUGGUAUGUAUUUGGAAAAAUUGCGUGUACCAUGACAGAUGUUUGUGUCUGGCGCUAAAAGAUCAAAGAAGAUAAUGAAAAUUUACCAUUACGAUACGUUUUAUUGUUUAAAAUUUGGUAUAUUUUUGUACUUUUUGAAAUGUAUUUUCAUUUAUAUAAGAAUAAAUAUACUGUGUUUCAUUUUGCA